AUGAGUUCCGUCAUUCCCACCUCUACUACGCUUCCCUUGCCGGUAUCAACAGCAAGUCUCGGCAUUGUUGUGGCUCGGUUCAAAGAAGAUUUGAUACCUUGGCUUCCCGUGUCCAAGUAUGCUUACGUAUACGACAAGGGCCAUGUUCCGCAAUCGAACGACACUGUCAACCACGACGCUUUCCGCUCCUAUGUUCAGCUUCCCAAUGUUGGUCGAGAAGGGCAUACGCACCUACAUCACAUCGUGAACCACUGGGAUGAACUGGAAGACUACAUGAUAUUCUCUCAAGCGGCUCCAUUUGACUUGAUUGGUGACGUGGUCAACUCCACCAUUCAAAUGGUUGACGUGGCGCUACAGGUCAAACCCAACGAAGUCAAUCCGUUCAACCCAGCCCUAUUUCAUGAUGUCGAUGAUUGGGCAAAAAUCAACUGGACGGACCCAAAAGAAAGCAUCUGGAUGACGCCCAGCCAACUGGCCUCUCUGGUCUUUGCGCCCUAUACGCCUGCAGAACUCUGGCAUUUUGUGCUACGCGAGCAUCAUCCCCCGGCUAUCCGAGCUGCACACGGUGGUACCUUUGCGGUGCGGCGAGAGACUAUCUAUAACCAGCCGCGAGAAGUAUACGAAAGAGCCCUGGAAAAAUUUGUCGAAGCGAACGCAACAAAUCCUGAAGUUGGCUUCAUAUGGGAACGAUUCUGGACCGCAACUUUCUCGAAGCGAUAUUGGCUUCCCAAAGUAGAGAGUCCAUAG